GAUAUACACGUAUAAUCAAUCUGCAAGAAGAGUAAUUUAAGCAAGUACUUCAUCAUGGGAACACAACUAAACAUGAGAUCAAUAUCCUUUACUUUCUGGUUAUUGCUGAGUUUCAGAGCACUCUUUACAGAGGCACAAGUACCAAAUUUAUUGGGAAGUAAUUGCCAAAACACCAGCCAACAACAACAACCUCUCAGCAGUGCAUACCAAACUAAUCUUGAGAGAAUCCUUACAUGGGUAUCCUCUGAUGCAUACAAAGGCAAAGUUUAUAACUACAGAAGCAUAGGCAUCACCUCCUCUGUGUAUGGCCUCUAUGAUUGCCGUGGUGACGUGGUUGGAUACUUUUGUCAAUUUUGUGUUUCUAAUGCUGCCAGAGAAGCCCCUCGGCUCUGCCCCAAUAGUGUAUCUGCUAUGGUGUGGUAUGAUUAUUGCAUUCUAAGGUACUCAAAUGAGAACUUCUUUGGGAAAGUUCUCACAAACCCAAUAUGGUAUGUUCUUGGAACCAAAAACAUAUUCAACAAGACAGAGAUUCAGAAAGGUAAGGAUUUUGUGACAAGUUUGAUAAGAAAAGCAACUAAGGAUACCAACCAGUUGUACUAUAUGGAUGGCUUCAGUAUGAGUUCCACUCAAAGAAGGUAUGGCUUUGUGCAUUGUAGCAGAGAUCUCACAAGUGAAAGAUGCAAACAGUGUUUGGAGGCGAUAUUAGCUCAAGUUCCCAAUUGUUGUGAACAAAAAUUAGGAUGGUUUAUUUGGACCGGAAGUUGUAUGAUAAAGUAUGAUAAUCAUAUGUUUUACCUUCUUAGCAACCAAGCAUCUUAUGUUUCUGUGCCUAAUCCGCAAACAGCUGAAAAUGGGGGUAAUAAGAGGAUAAAAAGCUUGAUCAUUAGCUUCGGUGUGAUGGGGUCAAUAAUUCUAUUACUAUGUUUUGUAUAUUGCUUCCGGUACAUGAGCAGAGUCAGAAAAGAUGGGCUUUGUCUUUCUUCAUUUCGUAAAAUUCAAACUGAGGAAACUUGGAAAACAGACCUGCCUAUAAUCCCAUUAAUCACAAUUCUGCAAAGUACUGAUAACUUUUCAGAAGCAUCUAAAUUAGGGGAAGGAGGAUUUGGCCCCGUUUACAAGAUGGAAGACAAGUUGCAAUCAAAAGGCUUUCAAAUUUUUCCAGUCAAGGCUCAGAAGAGUUCAAUAAUGAAGUAAUGUUUAUAGCUAAAUUGCAACAUCGCAACCUUGUAAACCUUUUGGCAUGUUGCUUGGAGGAAAAUGAAAAGAUACUUGUAUACGAGUAUUUGGCGAAUAAAAGUCUUGACUUCCACU